CCAGCCUUCGUUACAAAUACACACCCCUUCUCUCACAUACACGCACAACCCGGAUCCCAUUAAACCUCCACCAUGGCCGUGCUGCUUCUUCUGGCCGCCGCUAUCGUCUUCAUCCCCACUCUCUAUUACCUUCUCCAAACCCUCUUCCAACGCCUCCGCUUCAACCUCCCUCAAGGCCCACGCCCACUCCCCAUCGUUGGAAAUCUCUACGAUGUGAAACCAGUCAAAUUCAGGUGUUACGCGGAAUGGGCGAGAACUUACGGCCCGAUCUUCUCCGUUUACUUAGAUUCGAAGCUGAAUGUGAUCGUCAACAGUUCGGAGUUGGCCAAAGAGGUGUUGAAGGAGAAUGAUCAGCAGUUGGCAGACAGGCAUAGAAAUCGGGCGACGAUGUCGUUUAGUAGAGGUGGUAAGGACUUGAUCUGGGCUGAUUAUGGACCUCACUAUGUGAAGGUGAGGAAAGUGUGUAAUCUGGAGCUGUUUUCACUGAAGAGACUUGAAGCUUUAAGACCUAUCAGAGAAGAUGAAGUUACUGCCAUGGUUGAAUCAAUUUUCAAACAUUCUUCUGAUCCUGAUAACCGGGAUAAAAGCAUAGCGAUGAGGGGUUAUUUGGGAUCGGUUGCGUUCAACAACAUUACGAGAUUAACAUUUGGGAAGCGAUUUGUGAACUCAGAAGGUGGAAUGGACGAGCAAGGGCAGGAAUUCAAAGGUAUUGUUUCUAACGGAAUUAAGAUUGGUGGGAAGGUUUUCAUGGCCGAGAAUCUCCCGUGGCUUCGCUGGUUCUUUGCCAGUGAAAAUGAGAUUCUUGCCAAGCAUGAACAACGCCGUGACCGGCUCACGAAAGCCAUCAUGGCGGAACACGAUCUUGCACGCUCGAAAACCGGUGGGACCCAGGAGCAUUUCAUCGAUGCAUUGCACACGCUUCAGCAGAAGUAUGAUCUCAGUGACGACACGAUUAUCGGGCUUCUUUGGGACAUGAUCACUGCGGGAAUGGACACAACUUCUAUAUCAGUGGAAUGGGCGAUGGCUGAGUUGGUUAAGAACCCACGAGUUCAACACAAGGCUCAAGAAGAGCUCGAUCGAGUAAUUGGCACUGAUCGGAUCAUGUCCGAAACGGAUUUCUCGAAACUACCGUACCUCCAAUCAAUAGCCAAAGAAGCCUUACGGUUGCACCCACCGACCCCAUUGAUGCUCCCCCACAAAGCAAAUUCAAAUGUGAAGCUCGGAGGGUACGAUGUCCCGAAAGGUGCGAUCGUGCACGUAAACGUGUGGGCCAUCGCCCGUGACCCCACCAUCUGGAAGGACCCUGAGGAGUUCCGGCCGGAGCGGUUCUUCGAGGAAGAUGUGGACGUUAAGGGCCACGAUUACCGGCUUCUACCGUUUGGGGCCGGAAGGAGGGUGUGCCCGGGUGCACAGCUGGCGAUCAACCUAGUCACAUCGAUGUUGGGCCACCUUCUCCACCAUUUCGAGUGGACUCCACCAGCCGGGGUGAAGCCGGAAGAGGUGGACUUGACCGAGAACCCAGGGAUGGUGACUUAUAUGCGGACCCCGCUUCAAGCAGUUCCGACACCGCGAUUGCCAAACAAUUUGUACAAGCGGGUGCCCGUUUAGUUUUGGUCUAUGUUGUUUUGUUUGUAGUACGAACUAUGUGACGUUUGUGUUGUAACCAGUUAAUGUUAUUGAGCUUGGAUUUGGCUUGCUUUUGAUUGAUUUACUUCACGGGCAAGUUCUCUGGUUCAAAACAUCAUAUAGUUCAGUUGUAUCGGGAAAAAAUUGGUUUAAUUGGAAAAUGUGAUUUGAUG